AUGUCCAUUGACGUCCCGGCAUUUAUUCAAGGGCGACAAUUUACUAUAAGCUGCAAAUUCGAUGUCCUAGCAGACGCACAUCCUCAAUCAGUAACUCUGUCUUCCACCAAACAAUUCCACUCUACGAUUACGACACAAAAUCAUGAUGGCGUAAUCAUCGACCAUGUGAUUGAAGGAUCUCCAGCUGAACCAGACUUUGCGCCUGUGUCCGUAGAUGGAGUAUAUGUGUUAAACGGCCGAUUAAUUUCACCCAAUGGUCAAUCUACCCCUCGGUUAUUUUACGAACCAACCUACCACCUCGUGUCUCGGAGCCUGGAGACCUCGGCCUCCGUUUUUGCCAAUCAAGUCUCAGUUCAAAGUGUCGGCUAUGUAAAAUCUGUCUCUUCGACCUCAAUUAUUUCACUUCAAGGUGGCCUCUCGCUCAUAGUAACGCACGAUGACUACGAUCAAUUACUACAAUGUGUCGUGUCUUUUGAUGUAGAAUAUGUAUGCAGUUCAUUGAGCCCCAUCAAGAUACCAGAUGCGUCUCGAUUGGUGGGACAUGAAAUUUUUAUUGUUGGUUUCUUGACGGGCAAAGACGAAAGAGAGCAUAUGUGGCAAGUAGAAGUGGAUAAGUGCAAUUGGGCAAAUAUGAAAGCUUAUGGCCAAUCAGGACGGGAGCAUGAGCAUUAUUUCUUAAUCAGGCCUAUUUUUUUUACUCGAAUUAUACUUCAUCAACUCGCCGCUACGGUUCAAAUCAGCCUAUUUUGUAUUUAG